AUGGGAUGGCAUCCUGUAACGCACUCAUCGUCCUCACCGAACGAGCGAACGCGCCUUUAUACAAAUCAAGUAGUCCAUCGUAGUCCGUUGGUAGAGAUUAUCAUCAAUUAUUGUGCGAUUGAUUGUGUUACGAAAGCCGGACAUACAUGUGCAUCCGAUUGUACCGUGGCACUUCUUCCGGUAUCCGGUGUGAUCCUGAUAAAGCCAAAGCUAUCGAUGAUGGUGCAUGAUGCAUAUUGGUCGCGUUCAGCAGACUCAACUGUUGCGGAGCGGAUCAUAAUUCAACAAAUAAGUCUAGAGAUUCAAGUGCAAGAAUUACCAUUAUAUUUCUUCGUUGUGGUAUUGGAAAGUGACUCGAAGAUGAGUUUAAAGAAGACACUUGAGACAGAAAGUGAACAAGGAUCCUACAGGAAGCUACUUCCACCUCCAACAGAAAUAUGCGAGUAUCUCGACAGUCAUGUUGUGGGUCAGGAACAUGCAAAGAAGGUGUUGAGUGUUGCUGUUUACAACCAUUAUAAACGGAUCUACAACAAUCAGUCAAUUAAAAACUCGCAGGCGCAAAUUAAUGAAGUCAAUGUGAAAAGUGAGCGAAAGGAGAAUGAUCAGUUAGCUUCUGAAUCAGCUAUACUAAACAAGAAGCAUCGGUUGGAGUUAACAAAGAGCAAUAUAAUGUUGCUCGGGCCUACAGGUUCUGGUAAAACGUUACUUGCGCGAACAAUAGCAGAUUUCCUGGAUGUCCCUUUUACGAUCUGUGAUUGCACCACUCUCACUCAAUCCGGUUACUACGGUGACGACAUCGAUAGUAUUAUAAUUAAGCUCCUUCAGAAUGCUGACUACAUAGUGGAUCGUGCUCAGGUGGGCAUCAUCUUUUUGGACGAAGUCGACAAGAUAUGUGUUAUCCGUGAAAAAAAUCGUGACGUGGCUGGAGAAGGUGUGCAGCAAGAAUUGUUAAAGAUGAUAGAAGGAAAGAUUAUGAACAUACCAAAGAAAAAUUGUUCGAGAAAAGAUGAGCAAAUGUUGCAAGUGGAUACUACAAAUAUUCUUUUUGUUGCAUCCGGCGCUUACAGCGGUUUAGACAAAUUGAUAGCGCGACGAAAGUCGGGAAAAGAUUCGGAAUUUGAUGCGAAAACCACGAUCGAAAGUCCGGACAAGAAAGCAACGACUUUGCCAGACAUUACCAACAUGUCACUUUCCACCGAAAAGGAUAUUAAGGAGAAAGAUAUGCUACAACAAGUGGAAUUUAGAGAUCUUAUUAACUUUGGCAUGCUGCCUGAAUUUAUUGGCAGAUUCUCUGUGCUCGUAUCUUUGCACAGUCUUGACAAGGAUAUGCUAGUAAGAAUUCUUACAGAACCGAAAAAUGCCAUCGUUUCUCAGUAUCAGGCGCUGUUCUUGAUGGACAAGGUGAAGCUAACGUUUGAUCCACACGCAUUAAGUGCAAUUGCCUGUUUAGGAAUGGAAAAAAAAACGGGAGCGCGUGGUUUGCAAGCAAUAAUGGAAUCGUUGCUUUUGGAACCUAUGUUUGAAAUACCAGGAAGUAACAUACUGUCUGUUCAUAUUACAGAACAGUGUGUGAAUGGUGUUGAAAAGCCACAAUACACAAGAUUGUUUUGCGAAAAAUGCAAAAAAAUUGUUCUUUAUAUAUGUGCAUAUUGCGAUGAACAAUACACCAACAUGAAUGAUUUACGAGAUCACGCUUAUUGCAUGCAUGGAAUGAAAGAUUCUAAAGAUGCUGAACGUUUAUGA